ACUACUGCUCUGCAUGUUCUGUAAGCAUAUGCUACACUGCUAUUCUGAACCAAUCAGAUGUUGUUGCCUCAGUGAACUGUAUAUGAACACAGCUCAUGUUGUAACGUUACUGGCUAAAAGGAGGAAAAGAGUGGCUCUAUUGUUGCUGAGACACAGCAAACUUAUGUCAUGUGAAUGACACCGUCCUUACAGUCACAAAUGUCCAUUAUGCUGAAAGCGUGACAUCAGAGCUUCACUUGGUGGGAUGUCCCUCCAGUUGGCCUAUUGUCCUUGCCUUAAAAGGCGUCCUUGCUUUUCCUUGUCAGUCUAGAACUGCAACCAUGUGAGUGUGUCUGUGUGUGAGUGGAUGCAUGUGUGUCUUCUGGAUUUACGGACAUGCUAUUUAGUGUGUCACAAAGAAGACAAUGAGAAACCUCUUAUUGUCCUGGUGGAAUGUGGCAGGAGAAGACAACAGGGGGAGUAUAUCAUCUGCCCGAGUGCUUGGCACCAAUGUCCAGUCCGCUUGCACCGUGGCACACCACAGAAUAAGAGAGACAGACCUCCUAGACAAAGAUGAGCAUCUGCUGUUCAGAAUACAUGAUGAUCACGUGGAAAUUUCAUGAUGUUACAAUCUCAAAAUCCAGUAACAGUCUUUGAGCCAGAAUCAAGGAGUGGAUGCCUGUGAGACGUGCUACAAGUGUUGUGACAGCAAACUGCUGGACAGCUGCAGCCGAGGAGAAACCCUAGAGAUGGAGUUGCUCCCCCUGAGUGUCCUGAGCCCUGGAGCUCCUCUUCAUCUGCAGGUAGACCCUUCGUGGCUACAGCGUCAAUCUGUGGAGGAUCAGGUAGAGCUGUGGUGGUUCAGCGAGCCACGUGUCUCUAUCCUGUGCUACUGCUUUUCAGUGGCCAUGGUUCUGGGCCUGGGCUCAGCUGGCGUGGGUUUCCUCUCAGCUGCCUCCUCCGCUGUGGGUCUCUCUGCAAUGUGGCGCUUGGGUGUUGGUUCAACGCUCUGCCUCCUGGCGCUGGUGGUUCUCCUAAAGCAACUACUUAGCUCAGCUGUACAAGACAUGGGCUGCAUACAAAGCCGGAGGCGCAUCGAGCAGCUGCGGACUGGAGGAACUGUGGAUCCCGUGCUGUUGCUCUUCACUGGCUUGGCUCUGGUAGUCUGUGGGACCACACUGCUCUGUCUCACUCAGUCUGACAUGCUUCUUUCUGGGGUAAUACUCCUGGCCACCGGGGGUGCUGUGGUGCUGAGUGUGAUGGUGUAUGGAGUGGUGGUUCAUGUGCAGAGAAGGAGAAACACAAGGCGAAGACGUCGGCAAAGGGUACGAGUAUAUACAGUGACGGGGCAAAGGAACAGACCAUGGAGAGAUUCAAACUCCAGUCAGUCGAAUUUGUUAUAAAAGGAGAAUCGAAAAGAGAGGAAGAAGAAGUACAAGAAUGGUGCUUGUGACAGUUAGGAGUGGCAGUUCUCUUUCAAAUGUUUCAGUUGAAGGAAGUGGUGAGAAAUGCAAGUCUGAUCAACAUGAUCACAUGAUCAGCAUGCUGUUUACGAGAGUUCCAGUACCCUUGGAUAGGCCGCAUUAUGCUGGCUCACCUAUUAGGCAU